AUGCCGACAACUAAUUUCGGCACCUCGGAGGGCCGCAACGAGCCGGCGCGUAAGCGGCACGCCAAGCUAUUUCACAGAAAGACGAGGACAGGGUGUCAGCGAUGUAGAGUCCGCCGCGUCAAAUGUGACGAAGGAAAACCAAUCUGCUCCAAUUGUAAGCGGCUGGAUUUGGUGUGCGAGUACGCCCAAGUCGCCGCCGCCCCGAGAGAUGCUCCGGGAGAAAAAAAGAAACAGUCUGGACCGGAGAGCAUAGAAUCAGAAUCUCGUCGAAAGCUGGAACUGGAGUUAUUCUAUCAUUACAGCACUGAGACAGGAAAGAGUAUAGCCAUUGGCGAAAACACUCAGGACAUCUGGGGCCCCAUCAUGUGCCACGCGGCCCUUCGAUCUGACGCUGUGCUGAAUUGCGUUUGCCUCUUAUCAACUCUACACAAGGCCCAUAAAGCAAAGAUUGCUGGAACUGAGGAGGCCAUUGACGUUGAGAAAUGCACAUCUACCUAUCUUCAUCUAGCUCUUAACGCGCACCACAAAGACCUCGGCCAUCUAACAGCGGAUAAUAUUGAUUAUGCGUGCCUUGCAUCCAGCGCAUUUCGAGUUUACGAUUUUCACCGACUCCAGAACCGAGCGUUGAAGCCAUAUGCACCUCCAGUAGACUGGCUGCGUAUGACGGGAGCUACCCAUGUUGUGUUCCUCCAAGCCAUGGAGCUGGCCAGGGAGAACCCAGAAUCAAUUGGUUGGAAAAUGACAUCUGGCGCAUUCUAUGUCGUGGAGGAGAGGCAAAAACUGCACCAUUCAGAAGAGUUAAUUCAUUUAUUGAAUUAUAGAAAACCACUGGAGCCCUGGUCAGACGAGACUCAUCUGGUGUACAGCACAGCAAUAAGUGUGGUGGGUGCCAUCUGGAGAUUCAGAAACGCUCAGGAGCUGUGCCCGGAGAUGCACCUCAGAUUACUCAUCCUGCCCAUGCUUCUCGACGAUGAAUUUAUAGCUUUUGUGGAGGAGCGGCGUCCGAGAGCCCUGGCGAUCCUGGUGUAUUAUUUCGUCAUGUUACGGUGGUUGAGCAACAUGUGGUACAUUGGUGAUUCUGGGCACCGAGAAGCGUGGGCAAUCCUCCAAGAACUGCCAACAGAAUGGCAGGGGUUGCUCAAGGAGCCUAUCGAAAUGCUGGAGAGCUCACUAAAUCCAGGGUCCCAUAGCCUAUAUAUUUCAUAA